AUGAAGAGUGGCGAAGAAGUAACAUUGCCUCUCGAGGCGGACUGCCAUGACUUCAAAGACCAAUUGAAAUGUCUUCACCAUCAAGCGAACCCGGAAGACUGCCCAUUGGAGAAGAAGCGAUUAUUGAGAAAGGCGCAGAAAGAGAAUCCGACUGCUUACUCAACCGUCGUCACUCUCACGGAUUCCGAUGAGGAGAUCGAAAUCAUUGUCCCACGAAAGCCAGAAUCGGUGGAAUCUCCAGGACCGUCGUCAUCCGAUGCUUCAGCUCGAACAUCUCCAGAAGCGCCGAAAGCUCCAGCGGUUCUACGGGACUCUGAGAUCCAGGGAACUUCUAAUCGUGAAAAUGAGAACCGUCGUGAAAACGAGGAAAACAUUCCCGUCACUCCUCAAGUACCAACGACUACUCCAAAUCCUGUCGCUCAGGACGUAAUUUUCAUCGAGGAUCCUCUCCACCGGGACACUUCUACAUCUGGAGAUGCUCCAGCCGUGAAUGAUCCACGAGAACCCAGAUCGUUGAGAGCCGUGUCACCACCAAAUGAUGCCGCUUCCUCAUCAUCAAUAAGUUCAAAUAAUGCCGAUCCGGAACCUGCACCAGAAACUGCUCCAGAACCGAUGGAUGUUCCAGAACCGAUGAAUGCUCCAGAAGCAAAAGCUCAUGAACCAGAGGAGGCCGCCGCUCCAGUGGACGUAUCUGAUAUUCCAGCCAUACCCAUUGAUCCUCCAACUAUAAGACGCAUUCGAUCUGCUGGAAUUGAACGAGAAGCUCUUGAUCUCACGGAGGCUGCAGAGGACGCUGCCGAUCGACUUAAUGCUGUACCUGCUUCUCCGACCAGAAUGCGUCAUCGAGCCAGACUCCAGAAUACCGAUCCAGCAACUGCUCCAGAAUUGAUGGAUGCUCCAGAAGCAGCAGCUUAUGAACCAGAGGAGGCUCUAGCUCCAGUAGACGUAGCUACACCUGCUCCACCAACAAGAAGACGUCUGCGAUCUGCUGGAAAUGGACGAGCAGCUCUCGAUCUCACCGAGCCAGAGCAGGUUGCUGUUCCAGUGAUUGUUGCUGGUCCAUCGACCAGAACGCACCAUCGAGCAUCCAAAAAGUCAGCAGGAGCCCCGAGUCGCAGAGCCAGAGUACAGAACGCACGAUCUGGAAACUCUAUCACGUCGCCAAUAACCGAUCGUCACACCUGUCACACCCGUCCGACUGCCAGAAGUGCACCUGCUCCUCCAACUAUCCGCAAUGCUCCUGUUGCCCCACCAGCCGGAAGGAGGAAUAGAAAAGCCCAACGUCAGGAACAAGCAGCGUAUGCACGUAGUUGCAAACGAGAGAAUAAUGAAGCUCUAGCUGCCACCAAUGUGGAUUCAGCUCCUGCGCCUCCCGGAGCUCCUACUGCUUCAGUAGUCGUCAAUCUUCCGACUACUCGACGAAGACGUGCGAGUCAGGCGUGUUCCCUUGUGGCUACAGUUUCGACGCGUCGUCCUGCUCCGAGCUCGUUUCCCGCACCUCCUCCAACUUCCCGUCCAGCUGCUCCUCGACGAUCGGCUCCAGGACCAUCUGUACCUCCUGCAGCCUGUGCUCCACCAAGAGCCCGACAAAUUUCUAUGGGCGAUCAGGAUGCGAUUGCACUCAUCGGACAAUCAAUGCAUCCCACUCGAGCAGCUGUCAAGCAGCUAAAGGACAAAACGACAAAUGGAGUUUCUGGAGCACCGGCCGUCAAGAAGCCAAGAAAGACUGCAAGACUACAACAAGUAAAAAGAGGCAGAGGUGGCAAGAAAUAA